UUGCACACACACACUUGCUCUCUCUCAUAAGUCACUUUCAGUCAUAAAUUAGGGAAAAGCAAGCAAGCAGACAGACAGCUACGCUCUCUCAACACUAACACCACACUCAAACACACCCACACACCCUCUCUCUCUCUCUCUCUCUCUUUCCCAUCCAUCCCUCCCUCCCUCUCUCCAAGCAGUUACCUACUGAUCAUGGGAGCAGCCUUCAAUGGAUUCUCCAUAAGGGAAUACACAAACAAGAUGAGGUCCGUUGAUGUCUUCAAGUGCUGGCCAUUCUCCACUUCUCCAAAUGUCACUGCCAAAGACCUUCACUCCUGGCUUCCUCCUAUGACUCCUUCUUCUUCUUCUACUUCUACUUCUUCUUCUUGUUCUACUUCUUCUUCUUCUUCUUCUUCUUUCCAAUCCCUAAGAUCUACUUCUACCAACAACCACCAACAACAAUCGCUCCAAUCCGAUCAACAAUCUCCUCCACCUGCUUCUGCUACUCUUGCUGAUGAAGAGAGACUGGAGAUGGUCUGUCCAGUUUGUCGAGAAUUCAACGCUGCUACGCUAACGGCGGUUAACGCUCAUAUAGACGCUUGUCUUGCUCAGACUGUCAGAGACGACCGCCGUCACAUCAGGAUCACCACCGCAACUUCUACUGCCACCACCACCUCCUUCAAGUCCUCCUCCUCGUCUCACGCCAAGCCUAAGGCUCCGAAGAAGCGCUCCAUCGCUGAGAUUUUCAAGGUAAACGAACAAGGAAAGGAGCAGCAGCUGGAACAAGAGAACGACAAGGAAAGGGAGCUUGAGAAGGAACAGGAUAAGGAGAAGGAGAAGGACGAGGGGGAUGAAGAAGAGGAGCCGCGAAUUGAGAGUGUAUUGAAGCUCUGGAAGAAGGACGGAGUCGAACACGAGGACUCAGUCGUUGACGAUGUUUCGAUUACGGUUACCAAGUUCCAGUGGCUAUCGCAACGGCUCGAGGCGCUGAGAUCUGGUCGCCGAGGAGGCCAAUCGGCGAAAUCGGACGCAGGAGGAGCCUCUGGUACGCCGGCCGAGGCGAUUGACGACGACGAAGAAGAAAAGUCGGAGAUGGUUUGUCCUGUUUGCCGCGAUUUCAACGCUGCUACCGUUACGGCUGUGAACGCGCACAUCGAUAACUGCCUCGCGCAGGCUGUGAGGGACGAGAGGCGGCAGAUGAGGAGGAGCGCCGGUGUUAGUGGUGGCGGCUUCAAGCACAAACCUAAGGCGCCGAAGAAGCGUUCGAUUGCUGAGAUUCUCACCGUGGCUCCUCCGAUCGGAGCUACCAAAAGCAAAGCAAUCGAAGUAGCAAAGGAUUAUGACGAAGAAGAUAAUGGAGAUGAAGAUAAUGAUAAAUCAUCUGAUUAUAGUGGCCUGAAUUCAGCUGGAGCAGCUGCAGCUGAUGCUGAUUGUGAUGGUAUUGUGGUUUCGACAACGAAAAACAAGAAGAGUACCACCACCAAGAGUAGGAAGAAAAAGAAGAAGAAGAAGACGAAGGAAGCGAAGAAGAAAAGCAAGGUGGUGGAGAAUCUCAACAGCGAGAAGACGAUAACUGUGAACAAGCAGCAGCAGAAGAAGAAGAAGAAAAAGAAGAGCUUCUUCAACAGCGAAGUGACGACUUCUUCAAAGAAGGAAGAUGCUUGUAAGCGUAAGGUGCAGACGCCGGUAAAUAGUUUCAGACAACUGAAAGCUACAAUUGGAACUAAAAUGCUUGCACAUCACAACGUAGAUCCUUCUAUCCAUGAGAGAAAAUUGGAUUCAAAGAUCUCUUUUGUUGAAAAGGAGCAGAAAGUUAAAACCUAUGAACCGGAUGCAAAGCAACCAAAAUCAGUAUAUCCUUUUUGUGGCAUUCUUAAGAACCGUGUAAAACAACUUUCCGGAAAGGCAUCAAGUAGCAGCAGUACUCAAGAUGGUACUGAUGAGUACAGUUGUGAUGAUGAAUAUCCAACAUCAGACAGAUAUGUGAGAUUCACUUGUAAAGAUGACAUACUCGGUCCCAAAAGGAGGAAUUCAUUUGAAGAAACCAUGUUUAAUAAAUCAUCAGAUGUGCUGACUACUUCAUUAGUAAAGGAGCAGUCCUCUGGAAGUGAUAGAGAAACUUCAAGUUUGGGGGCAAACAGAAGUUAUGACUAUGCUGCCAUUAACAUAGACAACAGAAAGGAGUUUUGCCCUAUAGUUGAAAGUAAAGAGUUUGCUAAUACUCUGGAACAAGCUACUGCGCAAAAUUUCUUGAAGCCGUGUCCCAGUCAAAAGACAUCAACGCACUCAGAAGAGAAGUCUCAAACAUUAACCAAGGUGAUGCUUUGUGACGACAACAAUUUACAUCCGUUUGAUGGAGGCAACACAAGUACAUUGCAUUGUUCUCCAUAUGAUGAUAUUCCCAGUCCUCUUUCUACAGAUCAAGAAGUGAAGAUGUCUGGUACCAAUUCCCAAUUGUGUGAAUCUGGAUCUUUGAGCUCCAUUGGAAAGUUCAUUGACCAUUUGGAGGAUUCUACUUUUCGGGCUGUUCCUGUGAACUCAGAUGCUAAUACAAGGACAUUCCUAGAGCCUUCAUCAUCAUAUUCUUCUUCUUAUGAUAAAGGAAAUGAAAGACCAGAAUUUCCUUUGCAAACUUAUGAAGAUAAUGAUGAUAGUAGCCAGGCCUUUGGUGACAGACAGUUCUCUCAUAUGCUUGCUUCAGAUAUGAUUGAUAAUGCAUUCCUCUAUACAGCCUGGGGAAAGGGAAGUAUAAGAAAUAACUGUUUGGAUCCGAGCUUCUUUGGUUUGCCACUCAAUUCUCAUGGUGAGCUAGUCAAUUUCAGUUCAAGUGGGACAGUAGGGACAAACCAGCCGGAGACGUCAAGUACGUUACGUGGUUCUUUAAGUGGUCUACCAGUCAAUAGUACACUCCAUCAAGAUAACCAAGAAAAUUUGAGGAUUAAUGAGAGGCAGGUUGUUCAGAAGAUAUCUCCAACAGAUGGUCUAAACUCAUUUCCACAUUAUCCAGCUAGGUUGGCUGUUACUGAGUUGCCAUGUGACAGAGAUGUCAACCCGACUGAUUCUGACAUGUGUUCCAGUUCUUUUGUCCAGCCACCUAACUCAGAGGUGAACGUUAUGAGAAACUUACCCAUUGAACAGAAUCAGUAUGGCCAGGUGCAGAGCCACAAGGGAGAUGGGAUGGUUUCAGUGAAAGAGAGUUCAGAUCAUGUCACACUAAGUUCCAGCCAACCAACAAUGAGGUUGAUGGGUAAAGAUGUUCCAAUUGGUGGAAGCAGCAAAGCAAUGCAACAACUCUCUGGAGAUGUUUGGGCUGGUGAGGAAUCAGGAAGAAGGCAGUCUUCUGAAUAUGGUGCUUCAGAAAAUUCCUUACUGGGAAAAUGUUCUAAGCAGGAUUUGGCAUUUGGCAGAUCAUCAUCAAUUGACAACGUUGUGCAGUCCCCAAAAAUUCAAAGCAGUCAAGGAUUUCGAUGUACUGUAUUGAUGAAUGGUCAUGACACAGAAUUUCCUCCUCAAUUUGCUGAUCUGCAAAGGAACCAUGUAUCUCAAAAUGGAAGUCAUCCAGUCAGCAGAAAUGGCAGCUCAUAUUUCCACCCUAUUACUCACGAACCUGCUUCAUGUGCUAUGUUUAAUGGUGCACCUGAUGACUUUCCAGAGCGAUUUAUGCCCGGAGCUAAACCUCAAGGACUCAGCUCUCAGUCACAGGUACAAGCUACUCCUUGCAAUUUCAGCCCGCCAACAUACCUAAACAACGGCGAGCUGCAUGACAGGAACAAAAAUCCUCAUCAUGUUGCGAAAUCAGCCUUUGAAUUUCCUUUCUUGCAGACAUCCAACAAUGAACAGGCCAAAUCAACAUCUUGGUCUCAGAGGCCUUACAGAAGUUUACCAUCGUGGUUGUCAGGCCCAACAGAUGAGAGGCUACCAGUCACCUUCUCUCACCAAUUUUCAGGCGUAAGUAAUCCAAGUUUUUCUCAAUGUAUUUGGGGAAACAAAUUUACUACAUCAUCAGCAUCCUUGAAUCAUUCGGCUCAAGUUCUCUAUCCUUCUAAUCCUCUGACUUAUCCGAGUCCUAUGAAGACGAACCAUCUUAGUCCAGUAUCAAUUGCUCAACCUCCACAUGUUCCAAUUACAUCCUCUCCCUUAAACACUGGUUGUAGAACCAUGAAUAUGGUUUCAGACAGUGUGAAGUUGGAUCAUAACAUUGCCAAAAACUAUCAUGCAUGCACAAACACCAGGAAGAGACCUGCACCAUCUGCUCUUGAUGAUUCCAGAAAACCAAUCAAGUUACCUAACAUAGAAGUGCAGGAGAACUCGAGUCGCAUGACAAACUCGGGUGCAGAAUUGCAAAGACACACAAGGGUGACGAAGCUCGAUCCACGAUUGGAUGGUGCAAGAGGUAGAUGUUGCCAGAAUGAAGCACAGAAGCUAAGUACCACAAGUUAUCCUGCCGUAGAUUCUUUUAAACUGGAUGGCACGGUAACAGGUCCUGUCAGAUUGGGUCCUAGAGCUAAGCACAUCCUGAGAUCCUCUUAAAAAGAGUUAUCUCAAUUCUGCAUUUUUCUCACAUUUGCGAUUACUGACUGUGAUAGAGACCUAGAAAUUCAGAGACAAACUGACAAAAGUAUACUUAUAUUAGGUGUUGCUCAAACAGGUGGAAAAUUGAUAUUUUGAUCACCAAAGAUGAUGCUUUCCUAUCUAUUUUUGAGUAAGCAGCACUGAUAACUUUUUCAAAGGCUUGAGGGCCAUGCCUAUCGAUGUAGCGUUCAACAGCUUUCCUAGCAUCAAAGCUCAUCAUCUGAAUCGCCUUCUUGUUCUUCAUGCACCAGCCACAUGCAUAUUACAAGCUUCAUGUAUGGCCAAAACGGCAACCUGCACUUUGUAAAAUUAUUAUUAUUAUUGUUGUUGUUGUUGUGUAAUAAAUAUAACUUACGUAACAAUAUUAUAUAUUCAUGGACGUACCAAGAUAGGACCUUAUGAAAUGAAAGCUCAAAGAGGGUUAUGAAGGAGUACAAAACCCAAUACGUUAGCCACUGUUGAUCAUCUAAGGUUGAAGGACUCUCAAUCGCCCUCAUUGAUG